AUGGAUUUAAUAAACUCAACUGAACAAAACGGUACAUCAGAAGAACUAUUCAAAUGGGUGACAUCCAAGAUUCUCAUUUCCAUUACCCUGUCUGUGCUUGCACUAAUGACAACGGCCAUCAAUUCUCUCGUGAUGACUGCAAUAAUUGUGACAAGAAAGCUCCACCACCCUGCCAACUAUCUAAUCUGCUCUCUUGCAGUGACUGAUUUCCUUGUGGCAGUCCUAGUGAUGCCCUUCAGCAUUGUCUACAUUGUAAAGGAGACCUGGAUCAUGGGGCAAGUGGUGUGUGACAUUUGGCUGAGCGUGGACAUUACGUGCUGCACAUGUUCCAUCUUGCACCUCUCUGCCAUCGCCUUGGACCGGUACAGAGCAAUCACGGAUGCUGUGGAAUAUGCACGGAAAAGGACACCUAAGCAUGCUGGCAUCAUGAUUGCAGUGGUAUGGAUCAUAUCCAUUUUUAUCUCCAUGCCGCCUUUGUUUUGGCGGCACCAGACGACCAGCAGGGAUGACGAAUGCAUCAUCAAACAUGACCACAUUGUUUUCACCAUUUACUCUACAUUUGGCGCCUUCUACAUCCCGCUAGCCUUGAUUCUGAUCCUUUAUUACAAGAUAUACAAGGCAGCAAAGACAUUUCACAGAAGAAGCAUCAGCCGGAUCGUAAGGGAGGAGGUAAAUGGGCAAGUCCUUUUGGACGCAGGUGAAAGAAGCACCAAAUCGGCUUCAAUGCCCAGCACAGCGGAGAAGACAUCAGAUCCACUGGUGAACUGCGAUAAAAACAAUAUCACCCUACGAAGCCCCAGGUCUGAAUCUAAGCACGAGAAGUCCUGGAAAAAACAGAGAAUCUCCAGCACAAGAGAGCGAAAGGCAGCAACUACGUUGGGUCUGAUCUUGGGGGCAUUUGUGAUCUGCUGGCUCCCUUUUUUUGUAAAAGAAGUAGUUGUUAAUACCUGUGAAAGAUGUCACAUCUCAGAAGACAUGUCUAAUUUCCUAGCAUGGCUGGGAUAUAUAAAUUCCCUUAUUAACCCUCUAAUCUACACAAUCUUUAAUGAAGAUUUCAAGAGAGCCUUCCAGAAGCUUGUGCGGUGUAGGCAAUAUCUUUAA